UACCUUUCUCUCCCCUCAUAUCCCCACGUUUGUCAACACCAUCGCCAAGACCGCUUUCCUGGACCCCUCGUCAAAGUUUUGAGUAUCUGAGCAACCUCUGCGGCUUCAGAUUCCGACGACAAUUCGCGGACAACCCUGCUUGGGCACGAGAGGCUUGCAGGACAUCAUCAUCGUCCAUCCAAAGUCGCUCCCUUUACGAUGUCUGCUAUCCGUCUAUUCUUCCUGCUCGCUUGCUUUCUGGGCCUUGGAAGUUUCGUUGCCGCGUCAGAUAUCUCGUAUCAGGGCAUCCCCAGCUGCGCUAUCAAAUGUAUCUUCCAGGAGAUCGGCCAUUCGUCCUGCCCCUUAACGGAUCAAAAAUGCAUGUGUAACGAUAACGUUUUGGCGGGAUACGUGCAGGUAUGUGUCGAGGCAAAUUGCACUGUCAUGGAGAUGCUCGCGGCACGCAAUUCGUCAUUGGCUGCCUGUGGUGUUGCCCCUACUCAGCAAGAUACCGUCAUGGCGUGGUUCAGGGCGGUUCUAUUUGCCCUACCAACCUUUUUCAUCAUCGUGCGAAUGGUGAACAAGUUUUUAAAGCUGUCGCCUUGGGGUUGGGACGACACAACCAUCGUCAUCGCCUAUGCCGUACUAGCAGCUUUCCUGCCAGCAGCAUAUCUAGCCGAACAGACUGGUGCAGGGAGAGAUAUAUGGGCACUAUCAGAAGACCAAAUUACUGAUUUUCUUUUGCUAUUUAUCAUAUUCGGUAUGCUAUAUAUGACCUGUCUAGCCUUUAUCAAGGCCUCGAUCAUAUUUCUAUACCUUCGAAUCUUCCCCGACGAAACCUUCCGCCGAAUACUUUGGUGUACUCAGCUGUUCAACCUUCUUCUUUGGAUCGCUUUCAUCGCCGGUACCUUCGGCUCUUGUCAGCCCUUGCACUUCUUCUGGCAUGGAUGGAAAAGAGAUAUGGAGGGCAAAUGCUUCAACUUGAACGCCUUUGCCAUGUGCCAUGGCGCAUUGAACGUGGCUCUGGAUGCCUGGAUGCUUGUACUUCCUGCAACUCAAGUCUAUUCGCUGAGGAUGCAGCGCAAACAGAAGCUGGGUGUGAUGUUGAUGUUCAGCGUAGGAGUAUUUCUCACUGCCGUUAGUGCCUAUCGAAUCAAGGCCCUUCUCAUCUUUGCGACAUCAUACAACGUCACAGCCGACUCAUUUCAGAGCUCUCUCUGGUCCAACAUCGAGCUAUGUGUUGGCAUCUUCGUGUCUUGCCUUCCGAGCACACGUCAGGUCUGGAGGAAACUUUUCCCCAAGAUCCUCGAAGUAACACACCUGUCUUCGAGAUCAGCUAGAAUGUCUCGAUCAGCAAAGGGUUCACAAUCUGCCAGCCAAGCCUCACGAUCGGCAGCGGACCCCAAUGACCGACCGCGACUCGUGUCCUACGAGGAGUCCUCGAUAGCGCAUCUAGUCGGAGACUUCAACGAUAUCGACCUCAACAACCUCAGCGAUGCGAGCCCGAUGGAAACGGAUCCUCCGAAGACGCCUAAAAACAAUGUCGUGUUACAGAAGGAUCCUGUAUCAGGAAGCUCAAGAAGUAGUGAUGGAGUCAUGAGCCAGAAGGGUUGGGAUAAAUGAAACUCAUUAAGAGUUUGAGGACGAUUGUUCAAUACGAGGCGUAUCUUUCACCUCAGCGACGCCUCGAUAUUUACGCCAACCUACGAUCGACUCGGAGACGUAUGAGGUUGUCACAUCGCAAAUUGCUCUUCUUGUAUCGCCAUGCGACUUGAGGACACAAAGAAAUUCAAUGAAAGGCUUCCCUGGCGGGCUGAGGGUACUGUCGAGAGAAAACAGUUUCAAACACGAAGUGGGGACCUGUCGCCGAGAUUCUGCGGGAGGCUGAAGGGUUGUUUGGGAAUACUCAGCACACCCAGAGCGAACUGCCUGGAACCUCCAUCAGAUGAGGAGGGGCUUGAUUGAACCGAGUCUCAAUCUUCCUUCGUAACACGGAAGCCCAAUAGAGA